UAUCGGAGGCGCGCGCUGAUUAGAUAACUAUGGCUUCGAUGCAAACGCAGACGCAAGCGCAGGCGUCGCUGUUUACUUCGGCGAAGUUUGCUCUUUUUUGGCAAGAUGAUAGCUGACUUCGCGAAGUCAAGUAAAACGUCUACUGACGUCGAAGCCAACGCCAACGGUAGGCGUCGUUGAUUUCCAUACCCGUUUAACCAACAGAAGCGAUUUCUUUAUCUUAUCUUGCCAAUAUUAAAGUUGCGCUGCCGACAGCAGCUGAUUCUAGCAAAGCCAUACAUAUGCUACAUAUAAAACGUGCACAGUUCGUAACGAUCAUGACAAAGCGCAGCGAGGCCCAAAAGUAUAUGGAACAAAAUAUCAAGCAAGAAGCAAGCAAUCGGAAUAAGGCAAUUGAUAUAAAGAAACUCGACCUGUCCACGCGAAGAGAUAAUUGUGAAAUUGCGCAGAUAAGCUGUAAACUCAAAAUUAAGUGCAAAAAUCGUUAACAAACACGGAUAAUUGUGUGCUAUAUAACGUGUUAGAGAUACAAGAAAGAAUCAUGUUAAUAAAUUAUAAAUGUUUUUGGCUGAUAUUAUUCGCAAUAUUUUUGAACAUAAUGGUGAUAGUAAGCACAAAUGCACCUUUGCCGGUUAGAAAAGCCCAACUAACCGGCAUGAGUCCAAGGGCAACACUAGGAUUCUUUGAAAAUCGUAUCAAAUUUGAAAAAACACAGAUGUGGACACCAAAGCUACUUGCUAAACGUGAAGCCGCCCCACAUUCCGCACCAUACAUCGUUUCCAUUCAGCGCAUGACACCCGAUAACGGACUUGUCCACUAUUGCGCUGGCACCAUCAUCAACGAGCAUUGGAUACUAACUGCAGCUCACUGUCUCACUUCGGACGAGGUUGUGGAAAGUUCGCUCAUCGUAGCUGGCUGUCACGACAUAAAUGGCGCUGAUGAAGGUGAUUGCGUACAGGUGCGCGCCAUCGAUCACUAUGUGCGCCACGAGUUGUACCUGGGCGGCAUCAAUCCAUAUGACAUCGCGCUCAUCUACACCAAAAGCCCGUUGCAAUUUACACAACACGUUCAGCCGGCGCAGCUGCCAGAGCAGGAUGCGAUGCCAGUGGGUAGCGGCACACUUUAUGGCUGGGGCAACAUUUCGAUGACUUUGGUGCCCAACUAUCCACAUCGUCUGCAAGAAGCCGAUAUGCCCAUAUUAGAUAUGAAAUUGUGUGAACGCAUUUUGGCUGCAACAGGUUUGCAGCUGCACGAAACAAAUUUAUGUACAGGACCGCUGAAUGGUGGUGUUAGUAUUUGCACUGCCGACUCGGGUGGCCCUCUGAUGCAACCGUGCUGCAACGGCUAUGAGGACAGUUACACAGUCAUUGGCAUAGUGUCGUGGGGUAGAAUGCCUUGCGGGCAGAAGAAUUCACCUUCAGUAUUUGUACGCGUUUCAGCAUUUACCAAAUGGAUUCGUGAUAUCAUCUCGUCGUCAGCGCCAAACAAGUAAAUUGAAAGGCUGUCUAGGAUCCAAGGAGAGAGAGAAUUGAGAGUGCUGGAAAGCUGAGGACUGAAUGCAAUAAAGGCUUUUAAAUGUGGUGACUGAACACACAGAGCUGAUUUGGUGUACACGAAAUCUCAUAGUUUUUAAUUAUUUGUAUGAUUGUAGUGUUAAGCUUAAUUUAUUAGUAAAAUAUUUAUUUAAAAAAAAUUAUUGUAUUUUAAAAAUAACUACUUUAUACUAUAUGCAAAUUUACUAUACGUUUUAAAUGUCAUGUUACAUACAUGGUCACUAACACAAAAAUCAGACCAAAGAAAACUUAAAAUGCGUUUAACGACAAACAUCUAAAGAAUUUAAACAAGUCUCAAAGAAUAAAAAAAUACAAAAUGUCUCGAAAAAUAAUUAGGUCUAACAAUGUACACAAAUAAAUACACACAAAUAUACAAGAAUGUACUUAUAAAAAAUAAAUGCAUCACUUAUUAUUUACCAGUUUCGUGAAACAUUUCCAAAGGGUACUACGUUUUAAUAAAAUUAGUUCGUAUAUGAAAAGAAAUUUGAAGCCAUGCUCCUAUGCUCAUAGGGGCCUUGAAAAAAGACCACAUGAAACCAGGAUUAUUUAAUUGA